AUGUUUAAAUUAUAUGUUCUUAUUGAUACAUCUGUAUUACCAUCUAAUAUAAUGUUAUUACGUGAUGAAAAGUUUAUUGAUUUCGUGAAAGAAGAAGCCGGUGAUGCUGCUGCUGAAUUACUUGAAAUACAAGGCAUUAAUUAUGAUAAUACAUUUGUUGUACAACCUGGAGUAAAAGGAAAUAUAGAAUAUCUUAUUGAUUUGUUAAAACAAAAAUGUGUUGAUGAUGCAAAAUUAGUUAAAUUUUCAAAACGUAAUGAAUUAUUAUCAUCAUUAGAUAAUACUACAGGUGCAUCAUCAACAAUAACAAAAUCAAAUUCAAUUAUUUCAUCCAAUACGUCAUCAGAAACAAUGACAUCGAAAUCUUUUAAUUUAUCAAUUAAUGAACAUAAAAUAUAUAUAAUUGAUACUUUGAAUAACUGGUUUGAAAGUAAUAAAUCAAAAUAUAAUUUUUCACAUUUUACUUUAAUUGAGGGUCAACAUUACUUUAUUUCAAUAUUAAGUGGUGCAAAUGAUAUGCUAAAAGGUAACAUAAAAUGCUGUUGCGGAAAAUGGUUAUCAUUAACAUUAAGACGUGGUAAAUUUCAAAUGUCUAACUUCUACCGUCAUUUACAAGAUUCACGUAAUGGUAACAUAUGUAAUACAAUAAAAGAAAUGAAAAAUAAUCCUCAAUCAACACUAUCGUCAUCAACAAAUAAUCAACAAUCAUUUACAGCAUCAGAUUAUGUAUCUAAACAAACAUCACCAUCAACAAAUAAUCAACAGCCAUUUACAAUAUCAGAAAAUGUAUAUCAGCAAACAUCAUCACCAAAUCGCGUACCUAAUAUAUCACCACCAAUCACCAUUCAAUCAAAUUCUACUUUAUCUAUGCCAUCUUCUAUCUCUUUAUCAAUAGAUGAUGAUGGAACUACUAUAACACAAUCGUCAUUAGCAACUAAACGACAAGUAAAAAGAAAAGUUCAAGCAAUAGAAUCUUCAUGUAACACAAGAGAAUCAACAAAAAGAACAAGAACAUAAGAUUUACGUGUGAAACAUUAUAUUGUUUGUUCUUUUCGAAUUACUUCUCUAAUAUUCUCUUAUUUAGUAAGAUUCUAUAUCAAAUUGAUAUUUUCUAACUUAAUAAUUCACUUAUUGUAUUCAUACAUGCUUGGUCUAUUUCGUAAUUUAUUAUUUUUAUGUUUAUACAUUUGUUUUUUUCUUAAUUUGUUUUACAUUUUACCCAUGAUUUUUAAGCAAAUAUAUGAGAUGUUGAUAGUAAUAAAAGCCCUUCUUUUGAGCAAACACUAAUUGAAUAAUUUUCGUAUCUUCGCGGAUGUUCACAUAUUUUCACUUAUAUAAUUUCUUUUCUUUGUUUUUAGUAAUCAAUCGUGAAAAGCAGUAGAUUUAAAUAAUAGCAAGGGCGCUUGAACUCCGCCUAUGUAUGGAGUCCCAUGGAGUCCCAUGGAGUCCCAUGGAGUCCCAUGGAGUCCCAUGGAG